CGCAUCUGGUUGUCCCACGUGAAGUCAUCGCCCACGUCGAGAACCAAAUGAACUCGUUCCACGACACCCGUGCCUUCCUCUACAAAUAGCCCAUUUCAAAGCUGUGAUGACCUUCUUUCAUUCGUUCGGUCGAUCGAUUCCAGCUAAGUGUUCUUCUUCAUCUCUCUCUGCUUUCCUGUUCUCAAGAGUUAGGGCCUAUCUUUGGUUUCUGUACCGUUAAUCUGUGGCUGGACCCUUGUUAGGAUACAAAUCCAGCGUCAAAAUAUGAUCUUUCGAGGUUGGUUUUGGCUUUUAGGUUGAUGAUCUUCAUCCUCAAUCCCCAAAAUCUGGUCUUUGGGAUCCACCUUUCCGUUUAGAGAGAUUACUCUUCUCAAAAUCUGUUCCUUGGUCUUCACGUUUGAUCUUAAAGAGCGUCGAUGAUCUUAAUUCUGUGGUCUCUAAGUCUGUCGAAAACCGGUUUCUAGCCUUCAUGGAUCUAGCUACUCUCAGCAUCUGCUUCCUCCACUCCUUCUCGGUGGUCCUCCUUUACUGGUCCUAUGUGAUCUCAUGAACUAAAAACCUCACUUCUUGAUUGCUUCGUUCAAUCCAAUUUUGAUUAGUUUAGAAUCAGAGAACCACCCAGCCAAAGUGGAUGUCUUCCUUGACGAACGACGAGAGGAAGAGGAAGAGGAUGCUCUCGAACAGGGAGUCCGCGAGGAGGUCUAGGACGAGGAAGCAGCAGCGUUUGGAUGAUCUGAUGAACCUCGCGGCGCAGCUCAAGUACCAAAACAGUCAGAUCAACGCGCAGAUCAAUCUGGCGACGCAGCAGUACAUCACAGUGGAAUCAGAGAACGCCAUCUUAAGAGCUCAGCUACAUGAAUUGGCUGAGAGGCUGCACUCUGUGAACUCGGUGCUCCGCAUGGUUGAGGAGGUCAGUGGGAUGGCCAUGGACAUACCAGAGAUACCAAUCCCUCUUCUGAAGCCAUGGCAGCUUCCUUCCACAUCACAGCCGAUCAUGGCCAAUGCCGACAUGUUCCAGUUCUGAGCCAUCAUUGUUGUGCAAAGAAAGGUCUAUCCGAUGCUUAUGUUUUCGUUUUCCCGAGUCGUAUUUAAAUUAGUGUGGUUGUUUGUGUUUGAGUCAGUAUGUGCUACAUGGCUGUGUGCUUAUUGUAACAUUACCUUGCAGUAAAUGUUCAAUAGUUUAUUGGAUUA